AUGGAUUCCUCAUCAAUCAAAAACCAUCCCCCAACUCCCAACGUUGCUAAAAAGUCUCGACUUGCGGAAGCGGGUGCGGCCGCCGAGCCGAGCAAACAACCUACUAAAGGAAAAAGGACCUUUACCUUUGCCUCUGCUCUCCCCCCUCUCAGGGAGCUUCCACGGCAGCUGUACUUGACCAUCCGCAGCACCGAUGCACAGAAAAACAUCACUAAUCUAAACGUAUUCAAGUUAGGAGAUGCUCUAAGCCAGGUUCUGGGAUACAUUCCUACGAAUGUCCAGAAACUGUCCUCUGGUGCUCUCCUCAUCAAGUGCGCAUCGGAUAAAGAACUGGCCGGACUUGAAAAGAUAACGACCUUCGGUGGUGUUCCUUGUGUUUCCGAGCGACACCAGAAAUUUAACCAGUCGAAGGGCGUGGUCCGCAGCCAUGAGCUGAAGGGCUGCUCCAACCAAGAUAUUGUGGAUAACUGUGAGGGUGUGGUCGAAGCCCUCCGAAUUACUAUUCGAUGGGGGGAGUCCACACUAGAAACGAACACAGUAAUCCUAACUUUUGAUUCGUGCCGCCCUCCAGCCACCGUUCGGGCAUCAUACUUGGUCUUGGACGUGCGACCCUAUGUGCCGAACCCUCUACGCUGCUUUCAGUGUCAAAAGUUUGGCCAUAGUCAGUCGCGAUGCCGACGCGCAGCCGUGUGUCAUCGCUGCGGCAAGGCUGGGCAUCCUUGCUGCCCAAAUUGCCAAGGCCAGCACACAGCCUUCAGCAAGGAUUGCCCGACUUGGAUCCAAGAACGCGCAAUCCAAGAGUAUAAAGCACGAAAUGGCUGCUCUUUUCAAGAAGCCCGAAAAGCUGUCUGCCCGCCAGAUAUGACCCCGGUCCAUGGCCAGUCAUAUGCAAGCGUACUCUGGCCAGUCACGAAGUCGACCAGUGCUUCCACUGUCGACCCUCCCAGAACCCAUGGUCAACAAGAAACUUACUGCGAAACACAGAAAGGUUCCACCUAA